AUGCUUUCAUUCUCCGGGAGCAGCGCUCGCACGAUGGAAGCAGAUGUCCACGAGCCGUCAAUAACCGAAGACAUAUCCUCUUGGCAGGUUGUCGAACCACAAGACAAAAGCAUCAUGGGAACAGAGCUGAAAUCCAUGCCGCCUCGCUCUCAUGACAGCCUGAUCUCGUCCGCCGGCGAUGGCUCGCCAAUUUCUCGUUGGCUUGGGACAGGCUUUCCUGCCACGUCUAUCAGGAAUGCUAAUUCAACAGCCAUGGUCCACGAUCACUUCCCGCUCGAAACGAGCCGUCUCGUACCGAGCUCCUCUGCUCCUUCCGGGAAGCCUUUGGAGCAAUCCGAAGGUGACUCGAUCUCGGACGACUACGUCAUGGUUGACGGCGAGAUGAUCACAAUCCAUCUCCGCGGCCAAGAAGUCCAAGUUCUGAAAUGUGUCGGCCUGAGCUGUGAUGGCACAUGUCCUCCAUCCUGCCCCUUCUAUCGCCGCGACUUCCGCGGGAGAGCGGACAGAGUGUACAAGAAAGUCAGCGAUGCCGUGGAAGACAUCUUCGCUCGGGACGACGGACCAGACAGGACGAAUUUCAAGGCAUUCGUGACCAUCACUGGCGACCUCGCUGAUGAUCUUGGCCGCACUCUCAAGCAUAAGCUCUUCGAUGAUUAG